AUGCAGGCUCAGGUUAACAAUGCUGCAAGCGUCAUAGUUAAACGAGCUGAAAAUUCUACUUGGGAAGAUCAUUCAUUUUUGAUGGGUGCAAAUAUCGAGUCACCUUUUCAUCUGAGCCAACUAGCAUACCCUCUGCUAAAAGCGUCAGAAAUUGGAAAUAUCGUAUUUAUCGCCUCCGUGGCUGGUCGGACGGCACUGCCGGGGGUUUCAAUAUAUGCAGCGACCAAAGGAUUUGGCGUGUCAAGAAUUUGGCGUGUGAAUGGGCAAAGGAUAAUAUUCUCGUCAACACUGUUGCACCGUGGGCUGUUCGAACCAAAUUAUCCACAAAUUUCUUCAUUGUUAAACUUGCAGCGAACUUGGAGGGAGGAGCUUGAUCAAUCUCUGGCGGGUAAGUACCCCCCAUUGCUGAGUCGAACUCCUCUCCGUCAAUUUGCAGAAGCUGAUGAGAUUUCACCGCUAGUGGCGUUCCUUUGCCUUCCUGCCGCCUCAUAUAUUACUGGGCAGGUUAUUUACGUCGAUGGAGGAUUCACAGCCGGUACAUCCUAG